AAAUAAACGGCUGACAUGUUACGUAGCACUUUGUACAUCACAUUUUUAGCUGGAUUCUUAACCAUCAUACAUGGUCAAAGAACGUCACUGAAUGGCGCUCCAGAGCUUCCUUCAACUUUGAAUCUUGAUUUCCCUCCGCCAGUUCCAAAUGCACCAGACCUUCAAAGAGCAGGUAUCUAUGAUAACAACAGUGGCAGGAGAUUAAAUGGCCGUCUUUCCGGCGCUCUUGCAAAUCAGAACAUGAUCAUGGAUACCUCUGGUGGCCUUGGAACAUCUUUUAACGACGUGAACCAGAACACUGCUUUUGGUCAGCAAACCGGACUAGGUAUGGAUUCCGGAUUUAGCCAGAGCACUGGAGCAAAUAUGGGACUCUCUUCUAUGGGAUCAAUGGGCAUAAACUCUGACUUAGGAACACCCUCGGGAUCAAUGAUGUUCGGCGAGCAUCCCACUGCUCUGGAUUCCAUGGGCGUCAACUCUGGCUUCGGAGAUGUCUCCAGUACGGGUCUGGGACAAACCGGCUUCGGACUUGGUGGAUCAGCAGGCGGACAAGGUUCCCUCGGAGACGUCACUUACACUAAUUUUGGAGAUUCAGAUCUAGACCUUCCCUCCAAUGCUGGAUUGACGCUCGGCCAAGGCACCAUGUCCACGCGAAGACGGGGUCAACCUGCUUACAACGCUUACAUGCCAGGCCUAGUCCCUGGAGCCCGUGGCGAAAUGAGAAGAAACCUCAGUGGACGACGCCGUGUACCACUGCCAAUUAUAAGACCACCACCCAUAAUUCUUCUCCCUCCUAAACGUAACAUGUUCUCGCUGUUUAAUCGUCGUCCUAGAGUCAUUACAGUCCCCCUUGUUCCAGUAGGUCAACCAGUACCUGUUCCAAUUGCUCCAAGACCAUUUUAGACAUCAUGCGUUUUGGGAGUACUACUAGGAUGACGUCAUGGAAAUCAGUCUGUUGUGCCCAAUGUCAGCAUUAAACUUCAGUGUAAAAAAAAAAAGCUUUUAUCGUGUGGCUAUUUUGUCCAGCGGUACUCAACCUUAGAUGAUUUUAUAUGCGUUUUUUUUACUUUUUUAUUUUGUUGAAAAAUAAAGGUGAUGAAUUAAGGAA